AUGCUGAAGAGGCCAACAAAAACUCCAUCACAAGAAGAACUGUCUGUUGACAUUAAAGAGAAGUGGGAGAAACAAAUAAUUGCAGAAGGAAUAUGUGAAGAGUUGAGAGCCCCUAAUCCGUUCUGUCAGGAUACUCUGUCCAUUUUCUAUCCAUGGAUUGGUCCACAAACAAGAUGUGGCAAUGUCAUCCCACACACUGAAAUGCUGAAAGGUGUUGGCGGGAAGACUAAUGAAGAAGGAUCCAAGUGCACCAGUGUUAAUGAGGACCAAAUACUUUCUUUGCUGGAGUCUAAGAAGGUAAAGAAGAGCGAAUUAAUUAAAGCCUGCUCUGACCUGGGCCUUUCUUCUGAGGGAUCGGAAGUUGAUUUGAUAAAUCGUUUGGAGGAAAUGCUGCUCUACAAGGACAUUUAUCCCAAAAUGUUUCUUAAACUUCAGAAGACAGGAGCUCCCAGCAAAGCAAUACGAAGCAAAGUGUUUGCGUUGAAAACGUACAACUACACAGCUUGGUGGCGAAACUCCAUAAAUGGGGAAGACAUCAGCUCACGACAUCUAAAAUGUAUACAGACACUGAAGGAGGACUCAAUUGUCCUUUUUCCCCGAAUUGUUGGCCAUUCCACCCCAGAGACAGGAGAUCAUUUCAUCCUCUGGGCAUUUAAUGGCUCUACAAAAGAAAUCUCUAUCUUUGAUUCACUGGCACAACAUACCAGGAUAUCAGAUCAAGAGAUGCAGAUCUUAAGGCAAGGUUUUGCUAAUGUGUGGAAUCUGGAGGAAUGGGCUGUCCUUUACCCACCUCAGUGGAGACAAAAGGACAGUGUUAACUGUGGAGUUUUUGUUUGCACUACGGCAGAACUUUAUAUUCGUGGUGUCAAAAUGGGCAAUGACCCUCUCAAUACAAUACAGUUAUGUCAUUUAAGAAUGUACCAUGCCUCCAGGCUAGUUGUUGAUGCUCUUGAUCAGGGUGGGGGGGGGGGGGGGAAGGGGAAGAGGGAGGGAGUGGAGUGGCGGGGGGGGGGGGGGGGGGGGGAACGGGGGGAGGGGGGGGAAGGGGGGGGGAAUACGGGAGGGGGGGGGGAGGGGGGGGGGGGGAAAUGGGGGGGGGGGGGGGGGAGGGGUAGGGGCGGAGGGGGGCGGGGAGGGGGGAAGGGGGGGGGGAGGGGGCGGGGGGGGUGGGGGAGAGGGGGGGGAGUCGGGGGGGCUGGGGGGGGCGAAUGGGGGGGGGUGGGGGGGAGGGGGGGUGGGGGCGUGGGAGGGAGAGGGGGGGGGAAAAAAGCGGGUGGGAGGGGGGGGUGGGGGAAGGAGCGGGGGCGAGGGGGGGGGGGGGAGAGCGGGGGGGGGGGGGGCGGGAGGCGGGGGGGGGGGGGAGGGGGGGGGGGGGGGGGCGGGGAGGGGAAAGGGACGGGGGGGGGGGGGUGGCGGGGCGGUGAGGGGGGGGGAGGGUGGUUGGGGGGUGGGGAGGGGAACGGGGGGGGGGGGGGGGAAGGGGGGGGAGGGGAGGGAGGGCGGGGGGGGGGGGGGACCGGAAGAAAGGGUGGGGGGUUGGAGGGUGGGGGGACAAGGGGGGGAAAAUGGGGGGGGGGGGGGGGGGGGGGGGGGGGGGAGGGGGGGGAGGGGGGGGUAGGGGGGGGGGGGGGGGGGGGGAGGGGGGGGGGGGGGGGGGGGGGGGGGGGGGGGGGGAGGGGGGCGGGGAGGGGGGGGGGGGGGAGUAGGGGGGGGGGAGGGGGAGGGGGGGGGGGGGAGGGGGGGGGGGGUGGAGGGGCGGGGGGGAAGCUGGGGGGGGGGGGGGGAAGGGGGGGGGGGGGGGGGGGGCGGGGGGAGGAAGGGGGUCGGGGAGGGGCGAGGGGGGGGGGAGGGAGGGGGCGGGGGGAGGGGGGGGGGGGGGGGGGGGGAGGAGGGGGGGGGGGGGGGGGGAUAGGGGGGGGGGCGGAGGAGGACACAAACAUGGGGGGGGGGGGGGGGGGAAGGGGAGGGGGGGGGGGGGGAGAGGGGGGGGGGGAGGGGGGGGGGGGCGGGGGGGGGGGGGGGCGGGUGGGGGGGGGGCGGGGGAGGGCGGGGGGGGGCAGGGGGGGGGGGGGGGGGGGGGGGGAGGGAGGGGGGGGGGGGGGGCCUGGAGGGCGGGGGGGGGGGGGAGGGGGGGGGGGGGGGGGGCUGGGGACAGGGGGGGGGGGGGGGGGGCGGGGGGGGGGAAAAGACGGACUAGCUAGCUGA